AGAUGUUUUGUCAUUUUGGGCAUGCAGAAGCACUACAGCUUUUAUUCUACUUCUCUAUGGGUGGAUGGGGUCUUGUACUGUAGAAUGCAGUGGAGAAACAAGACACUUGUACUAGUACUGGUGAAUUAGGUAUUGUAAGAAAAGAAGGCAGGUAUGUAUGGCAUGCAGUAUUGGGUAUUUAGUCUUUUGACAGAGGCAGAAAGUGGGCAGUGGGCAGUGGGCAGUGGAGGGGUCUCUUCGGUCUCCUCAGUUCACAGACAAGGAAGACAGUGAUGGGAAUAGUCCUGUUUUAUCACCUGCACUUCCAGUUUCUGAGUUUGAGUAGUGACGUAGUUGACUAACGGGCCGACAGAAUUGACUAUUAGCAGACAUAAACAUGAACAAAUCCUGAUCUAGCCCACUCUUUUUCUUUUUAAAAAAUUUUAACCCUAGAGUGCAUGUGCAUGUGCAAUUGCAAUUGCAAUUCAUAUGGUAGAGGUAGAGCCUCGUGUAUGCAGCAAAUAUAAUGCAUCGUUGAGUCUAUUUAUUAAUUGAUUAAAAAUUAGAAGAAAGUUAGAAUCCAACGGUGCAUUCAAUGUCCAGCAUAGACAAAUCGAAACCUGACCAUCCAGCCCUGCCCACCUAUUUAAACCCUUAAAACAGAAAGUCUUUCUGCAUACAAAUUAACUUACAUGCCCAAUACUGCAAGCAAAAUUGUUUAGGAUCAGGUUUAUGUGAUACGUUUUGGAGGUUCUGUUGCAUGUGCCAGACUGAAUUUAAUUUGGGAAGUUUACAUGCUCCUGCUGUUUCUGAGAUUUUUCUACUGAGAUUUCAAUCAUUUGGGUUAUGGUGUAGGUGGGGUAGUAUAUUUAUGCGCAAAGGUGUCAGGCGGCAGUAGUGGGUCGACUUUCUCAGAGUUGGGGUGUUUUUUAAAAGCAAAUAUGGUGGCAAAGACGAUAAAAUACCUGAUUGGCGCAGCAGGGCCCAGCGGCUAUGGCUCCAAAUCCACGGCUGAAGAUGUCACAGCUGCCUGCUGCCUCCGUUCUUACACUGCAAUAAUUACUGGCGCAACAUCGGGGAUUGGAGCUGAAACGGCGAGAGUAUUAGCCAAGCGAGGGGCAAGAUUGGUAAUCCCUGCCAGAAAUCUGAAAGCAGCCCAUGAUGUAAAAGCUUGCAUUCUGAAAGAGACUCCCACAGCGGAGAUCAUAGUGAUGGAACUGGAUCUCAGCUCCUUUACGUCCAUAAGAAGAUUUGCCACGAACUUCGAAUCCCUUGGCUUACCGCUCAAUAUUCUAAUAAACAACGCCGGAAAAUUUUGUCACCAGUUCCAACUAUCGGAGGACGGCUUUGAAAUGACCUUUGCCACUAAUCAUCUCGGCCACUUUCUUUUGACAAGACUGCUGCUGAACAAAAUGGUGCAGACUGCGGACGAGACAGGCGUUCAGGGAAGAAUCGUGAAUGUUUCUUCUGUCAUUCAUAGCUGGCUGGGCAAGGACGGAAUUCAGUUCGGCCAAUUAAACAAUCCAAAAAGGUACGACGCAACCCGUGUAUACGCUGAAUCUAAGCUGGCAAAUAUCCUACAUACUAAAGAACUUUCCUUGAGACUCAAGGAAAUGAAGGCAAAUGUCACAGCGAACUCUGUUCAUCCAGGAAUCGUGAGGACAAGAAUAACAAGAGAUCGUGAAGGACUUAUCACAGAUUUUGUUUUCUUCCUCGCGUCAAAGCUUUUAAAAUCAAUUCCUCAGGCAGCGUCAACAACCUGUUAUGUCGCUGUUCAUCGAGAAUUACACAACAAAUCGGGUAAAUACUUCUCAGAUUGCAACGAAGAAUGCACAUCUACCUUAGCAAAUGAUCCGAAAAAAGCCAAGGAGCUUUGGGAGACCAGCGAACAUAUGAUAUCAUCGUAACUGUAAAUUAUGAUCUGUAACCUCUACAUAAAAUAAUAAAAUCAAAAUCGAAGGUCAACGCCUUUGUUAUACUGUAAAUCUCCUUUCGUUCUGCUAAGUUAAAAGGAUCUUUGCACAGAAACAAUGGCAGCUCUAUAAUUUCAAUCAUACAAUAAAGAUUAACAAUUUUACUCCUCUGA